UUAAAAUGGCGGCGGUGCGCUGAUCUUCCACGGAUGGAAGUGAAUGUCCGUCCGUCUGCCCCCUCCCUCGGCCGGGCCCCGCGUAAUGGCCUAAUGGCUUUGAAAGCCUUCACAUACCCUCUGCCUGAGACCCGGUUUAUCCAUGCGGGGGGGACUGUUUACAAACUCAAAAUGCGUUACAGUCACCAUAUCAGAGAAGACUUGGGAAUCAACAGAGAGCAAGUUGGACAAGAGUUAGAGGAUUCUAUUCGUGCAGUGCUUGGAAAUCUGGACAAUUUGCAACCAUUUACCACAGCGCAUUUCACCAUCUUCCCGUAUAAAAACAAGUGGGAGAGAUUGUCAGAACUUCGGUUUAAACAAGGAAACAAAGUCCUCAUCUCUUAUCCAUAUGUAUGCACCUUGUAUAUUGAACUGAGAUCCGAUCGACAGCAUUCAUUUGCAGCUAAGCCCGUUGAACCAAAGCGCAAUCAUUCUGCUCCCUCUCACUCCGCUGCCCGCUCCGAACGCUGCCCACUGGUUAUGGCGGUCUUUUUCGACUGUUCGCGUGCUACCGACUGA